AUGGAUUCAGAUAUGGAUAUUGAGCUGGAGGAUAUCAAAUUAUUAUUUGAAGAAACUUCACAAAUCUCCGCUGCUGCUGCCGCUUCUUCGAAGGCCACCGCCAUCGCUCCUCCACAGAUCGCUGCUCCUCCAAAGACCGCCGCUCCUCAGCAGAUUGCCGCUUCUUCGCAGGCCGUUGCCGCCGCUGCUCCUCCGCAGAUCGUCACUCCACAGAUCGCCGCUUCUCCGCAGAUUGCCGCUCGUCCUAAGAUCACCGCUCCUUCGCAGACUGUCACUCCUCCGCAAGUCACCAAUACUGCCAAUCCCAAUCUUCCCGAGAUCGUUGCCACCGUCGCCGCCGCCACUCCUUCACAGAUUGCCGCCGCUCCUCGAUCUCAUGUUCCUCAAACAUACAAAAUUCCACGUAAUUUAUUUAUAACAUAA